AGAAACUCCAAAAACUAUGGCUGUGCGUGCAACAUAUUUUGUCUGUGUGCUCACGUAAACCUAUUUUAGUCGUAUGUUGUCAUAUGUUGGCAUUAGUCCAUACGUGAGCCGUGUAAAAUGUCUAGCAGAGCUUUGCGGAGGCUGAAAGGCAAACAGCGGGGUCAGGAGGCGGUUGUCGUGGAGGAGCUAACUUUGCCACAUAACCCUGAUGAGCUGGCUGAAAGCGAGGAAGAGCAGUUGGACACGGCCAGUGUCAGCCCACCGUCACAUCGAAAGUCAAAGAAAAACAAGGAUCGUAAAGACAUCUGUGCCAUUUUAGAAAUGAUAAGUGAUGCAGAAAAAGUCUCUGCCGAUGAAGACCUAGAGAAACUCGAUAUAAACAAAACAAGUGACACAGGAAACAUUGACAGCAAAUCAAACAGCAUUCAAGGGCCAAAUGAGCCUUUGUCUAGUGUUAACAAAAAGAAGAAGAAAAAGAAGACAAAAGUUAAAUCUGAAAAUGUACAGAAAGCACGAGCACUAGAUGACAACAUUGAUUUAUUGCUAGAAAACAUGGAGCAGUCCAAUGGUUUGACUUUGCAAAAUGACUGUGGAGGCUGUGACAGAAGACUUGUUCUACAUGUGGAGCAUAGGAAUCUGAACCCAGAGACGGAGCUGAAGAAAUAUUUUGGGAGUCGAGCAGUUUUGGGGGAUCAAAGACCGCGACAACGCAAUAGACAGUUUCAUCGGAACACGUGGAUGACCAGCCCCAAGGAAAGUUGGCCUCGAUUCAGCCGCCCAGGAAUCUCAAUGACCUUACUUGAGUCAAAAGAUGGCAUUCAGUACUUCACUUUUGAGCAUAGUCGCGACUAUCAACAAGUACAGUUCAAGUUCCUGGAUGCUGUCGAGUCCAUGGACCCAAACACCAUUGUGGCUCUGCUGCAGCUGAACCCCUACCACAUUGACUCUUUGCUACAACUCUCUGACGUCUGCCGUAUACAAGAUGAUCAGGAGAUGGCCAGGGACCUUAUCGAGAGGGCCUUGUACAGUUUUGAGUGUGCGUUUCACCCCGUAUGGAGUCUGACGUCUGGGACUUGCAGACUGGAUUAUCUCAGACCAGAAAACAGGGCUUUUUAUCUGGCUCUUUUCAAGCACAUGAUGUUCCUUGAGAAGAGAGGAUGCCCCCGGACAGCUUUGGAGUACUGCAAAUUGAUCCUGAGUUUGGACCCAGACUCUGACCCGCUGUGCAUGCUGCUGCUCAUUGAUUUCCUGAUGCUACGUUCCAGACAGUACGACUCUCUCCUUCAGCUUUAUGAGGACUGGGAGGAGCACAGAAAUCUGUCCCAGCUGCCAAACUUUGCAUUCUCCACCGCACUCUGCCAUUUCCAUCUCAGUCAGCAGGAAGAAAUCAAGCCUGAAGAAAGUGAUCAAGCAAAACACAAAGCUGACCAAAUGCUACAGGAUGCGCUCAUCAUGUUUCCUGCAGUCUUGAUGCCUUUACUGGAUCUAUGCACUGUGCAGCCAGAUGCCACCGUCACCUCACAUGCGUUCUUUGGUCCGAGCAGUCAGAUUGGACAGCUGCCAGCCUUGGCUGAACUGACUGCUCUGUACGUGGGGAGGAUGCACAGCCUUUGGAGGGAAGCAGCAGUUAUGCUUUGGUUGGAAGAGAGUGUGAGGGAGGUGCUGUGUCGAAUUGAUGCAAAUGACCCACUGGUGGAGGACUGCCAGAACAAGAGGAAGCAGAGAUACCAGAAUGCUCCACGGAACAUCCAUCGCCACGUUCUGCUGUCUGAGGUCAAAGAAGCUACCUCCAGUCUGCCUCUGGAGGUGACCACUCAGCCUGUGAUGGGAUUUGACCCUCUCCCACCAGUGGAUUCUGUGAUUUCAUACACCAGGCCAGUGAGGCAGCAUGUUGGAGCAUCCAAUGAGAGCACACUGUCGCUGUUUUUCCGUUCCUUGCUGCCAAACUUCAACCUUCAGGGUGGCCUAAGGCAGGAGGAGGGCGACAUGGAGGUGGCUCGAGCUGGACAGGAGCUUAACCAGGAGGUGAAUCGCCUCAUGGUGGCGAUGAGGGACAUGCUGGCAAACAUCAGGUUUCAAGAGCCGCCACGGGAGGACCACCCUUUUAGAGAUGAGGAAGAGUGGGAUUGAGUGGGACCUGUUUGAAACUUGGAAGCAUAGCUGAUCAACAUGUCUGUAACUAAAUUGCUGCCAAAUGGGUUCCUUUAAAAAGCGGUUCCUCUCAAUUUUUUGAGCUUGAACGUUAAUUAAAAGUUUAAUUAGCAUCAACCUCACCCUAUGUUUUGCUUUGAACAAUCUUUUUUCUAACCGUUUAUUCUAUUCUAUAAUGACUUAAUUCACAUUUUGCAUUGAAUCCAGUCAGAGAUGGAUGACAUUUCUUGACCUUCUUUCAAAAUUGUGGCGUAACUCUUCACUGAAGAUGUUAUCCUGAGUAUGAUUACGUACUUUGGGCUUGAUCCCCCCGUUCGCGUGUCAUUUUUACGCAUCGGGGCUUGUGCAAUUUUCAUCUACGCAUAUUCUCCUGUCCAGACUACUGACACACUCACCACCUAUAAACUGGAAAUUAUUGUGCAAACACCAAAGAGGUGUAACCUUUUGAGGUCUGAGGAUGGCCGUAAAUCAUGGAGCAUAGAGUUUUCCUGACAUUUGUGAUUUGUGUCAUUGAAAUACAUGAUAAUUUUUUUAGCACACUUUAAAUAUGAAAAUACCUUACGUAGCAGAUGUGCCGUCAGCCUGUGGGGACGUGUGCACUGCUCCGGCUAGCGAGCUAACACUGAAGGUGAGCUUUUGUUUUUAUGUAUGAAAUAAAUCCAAUAAAAAUAAUUUCAUCAGAAUACUGUUCUUAUAACUGAAUGUAUGUUUAGAGGUCCAUUGAUUAACAAUUGGAUAGCUCAGCAGAUGAGCUGAUUCACUUUAUGAUGUAGACAUUUUGACUACCGGCAUAGAA